AACACACUGGGCCCCAUUUCCCAACACCAUUAAAGUCACCCUCUAAACCUUUAACAAACCACCACUCACAUUUACUCUACCGACGAACCCACCCCUUUUUUCCAAAAUGAAGUCCCCUGAACUUUACCAGUCCCCGUUUUCCGGUCAGAUCGCCAGAAACACCGGCGGCGUACGGCGGUCAUCCCUCUCCAUCGCUUCCGACGCUUUCAUUUUCUUCUCCGGCGCCGUCGCCGCACUUCUUCUCGUCUGGACUUUCUCCACUUUCUCAAACCCUCAACCUCAAACUCCACAAACUCAUAACUUUGAGACACCGGUUUCUGAUCCUAAACGCUCUGUUUCUGUCACAGAUGAUGUUUGUGCGGUUAAUUCUAACGGGUUAAAUUUCCGGUACGACCCGCCCGACCCGAAUUUCUACGAUGACCCGACACUCGGGUACACGAUCGACACUCCGAUAAAAAACUGGGACGAGAAGAGACAAGAGUGGUUGAAACAACACCCGUCGUUUGCUUCGGGUUCUGAACAACGGGUGGUAAUGGUAACCGGGUCACAAUCCGACCCGUGUAAGAACCCGAUAGGGGAUCAUUUACUGUUACGGUUUUACAAAAACAAAGUAGACUACUGUCGGAUCCACGGGUACGACAUAUUCUACAACAACGUUUUACUCCACCCACAAAUGCACACUUUCUGGGCCAAAAUCCCAGCGGUGAAAGCCGCAAUGUUGGCCCACCCGGAAUCCGAGUGGAUAUGGUGGGUCGACUCAGACGCGGCUUUCACCGACAUGGACUUUAAAAUACCGUUACAACGGUACAAAAACCACAAUUUUGUCGUACACGGGUGGCCCAAGCUGAUAUACGAGAAGAAAAGCUGGACUAGCUUAAACGCGGGUGUGUUUUUGAUCCGAAAUAGUCAAUGGGCGCUUGAUUUUAUGGAUGUUUGGGCGGGUAUGGGUCCUCAGACUCCGAGUUAUGAAAAAUGGGGCGAGAUUUUGAGAGAGACAUGCAAAGAUAAAGCAUUCCCAGAGUCCGAUGAUCAAACGGGUCUGGUAUACUUAUUAUUAAAAGAAAAAGAAAAAUGGGGGGAUAAAAUAUACGUGGAAGGUGAAUAUUAUUUCGAAGGGUAUUGGCUGGAAAUUGUGGAAACAUUAGACAACAUAACGGCUAUAUACAACAAUAUUGAGAGAAAGGUGCGUAGUUUAAGGAGGCGGCAUGGAGAGAAGGUGAGUGAGAGCUAUGCUGCGCAGUGGGAGCCGUACUUGAAAGAUGCUGGGUACGGGAAGUUUAGCUGGCGACGGCCGUUUAUUACGCAUUUUACUGGGUGUCAGCCGUGUAGUGGAAAACACAAUCAGAUGUAUUCCGGGCAGAGUUGUUGGGAUGCUAUGCAAAAGGUUUUGAAUUUUGCUGAUAAUCAGGUUUUGCGUAAUUAUGGGUUUAUGCAUCGUGAUUUACUGGAUUCUGCGUCUGUUUCGCCUCUGCCGUUCGAUUAUCCAGCUUGAUUAUGGAAGCUGAGGAGAAAAGCAAAAGGGGGUGUUUUUAUUAUAUUAGUAUUUUUAUUAUACUAUUGCUUUCUCCUUUUGCUUUUUUUAUUUUUGUUUCUAUAUAAAUAUAGAAGUGCUGCUGCAAUUUAGUUUGUGUAUAUUUUUAUGACUUUAAUUUGAUGAAUCUUUGUUUUCAUCACA